AUGCCAGGUGCCAAAAUGAUGUCCGCUGCCCGCUCGGCGGGCUUUCGCUACAAGAAGCAAAAUCCUUCAGGUCAAAAGAAGAAAAAAAAUCGCUCAGGAAGUAUUUCCACCAGUUCUCCUGAUAGAUCAACACCAACAGAAACACCGACGAGCACCGAUUCCCCUUCAACUUUUCUCACCGUGCCGAAUGCAAUGAUGAGGAAACGAAGUGGAAGUGUUCCAGCGUUUAAGGUCGUCACUCUGAAAGACCCCUCGGUUCGAAACAUUUUCUACAAUGCGGCAUUUGUCGAGACAAUGCAUGAAAGAUGCGAAAGAAGGAGAUCGAAUUGUUCAAUCGCGACAUUGCGGGACCACACCCACUUCUUCGUCUCAUUGGUCUCACAGGUUAUUCAAAAUCUCGAUUCGGACCCGGAAAGUAUACUGAAUCACAUUGAUUCGAUCGGAAGAAGCCAUGCAUAUUUGAAACAGUAUGGAUUUCGAUCAGUUCUGUGGGAAAAAGUUGGCGAAUACUUUGUAGACGUUGUUGUCAUUCAGGACUGUGUCCGCGGCUUUCCCGAGGCAUGUCGAGCAUGGACCAUCAUGGUCGCUGCGCUCGUUGAUCGACUUCGGGCAGCUCCACGUCGUGGAAGUAUCGCCGUAUCGCCAGCUGCAAGUCAGACUUCCUUGAAUGGUUCUACUAGUAACUUGAUUGGCUCUAGUACCAGCAUAUGCACCAUAAGGAGAGGAAGUACAAUUUCAAGGUGCAUUGAUAUUGAAAAAUCAGCAAAAGAAGCGAAAGAUUUGGCAGCAAUCAACAAUGAAACGAUACCAAGGAGGAAAUCGGGAUAUCAAGGGUCACUGGCAGAUGUAGGAUGCGUCAGUAUGGCUUCGAUCGACGCAGCUCUUCCGACUAUACGGGCGAGCAAUCCAGCUAUAGCUUGA